GAGGUAGUCCUGCUGAAUAAGCUGUGUGUGUAUAUUUUGUCUUGUUUCGAGUUUAAUCGAAUUAAUCGAAUUCGAGUGUCUGGGAUUGCUAAUAUGAGUUGGGCUGAGCGAGCUUUUGGUGCCGUUCAAUCCAAAUUACCUCUAACCGUGAGCCAAGGAAUCACAGCCGCUUAUUUCAAAGCUCAAACCGCCUACAAAGUGGGCAGUCGAGGUACUCAUUCAGCUUCUCAGUCGAUUAGCUUAUUGCCCGCCAUGAAGUUCAAGAUCCUACCCGCUCUCACGGAUAACUACAUGUACUUGUUGGUGGACGAUGCAACUAAGGAAGCUGCCAUUGUGGAUCCAGUGGCUCCGGAAACCGUCAUGGACGCCGUUCAAGCCGAAGGCGUGUCCUUGACCACGUUUCUCACCACUCAUCAUCAUUGGGAUCAUGCCGGUGGCAAUAAAAAAAUGGCUGAGCUGGCUCAAGGUCUGAGGGUCUUGGGUGGCGAUGAUCGGAUCGACGCCCUGACCCAGAAGGUGGGCCAUGGGGAUGAGUUGACAUUAGGCUCUUUGGCCAUCAAAUGUCUGUUCACGCCUUGCCACACCACGGGCCAUAUUUGCUACUACGUCACCUCGGGCGAGAACACACCCGCCGUUUUUACGGGCGAUACCCUCUUCUUGGGUGGGUGCGGGCGAUUCUUUGAAGGAACGGCCGAUCAAAUGCACAAGGCCUUGGUCGAGACCCUGGGCGUUUUACCCGAUGAAACGAAAGUAUUCUGUGGCCACGAAUACUCGUUGCAAAACUUGAAGUAUGGACGUCAUGUGGAGCCUAAGAAUGAAGUGGUCCAAGCCAAAAUCGCUUGGUGCGAGGAAAAACGAGCUCUAAACCCGCCCGAACCCACAGUGCCCUCAACCAUUGGUGAAGAGAAGCAGAUUAAUCCGUUCAUGCGGGUCAACGAACCCACGGUUCAGACACAUGCCGGGAAAGACACGCCCAUUGAGACCAUGGCAGCGCUUCGUGCGGAGAAGGACAAUUUCAAGGCUCCUAAAUAAGGAAUGCCUGUUAUUUACGACCACUUUAUUCUAUUCUACAUAAAAGCACAGCAUUGGAUCAGGA